AACAUCAUUUUGAUUUGAUUUUAAUUGACUCAAUUAGUAAAGUUUGUAAAAAAAUCUAUCAUAUCUAUAAAAAAAAUUAUUCUCAUAUCAUUGAAUAAAUGACCAUGGAUGGAAUUUUGUUUACACCAAAAAUCAAUUAUUAUCUUGACUUGAUGAGAAAACGCAAUUAUCAAUUUGGAGUAAACAUCAACUUAUAUAUUAAAAAUUCAUUUUAUUGUAAUGUAUACCAAUCACAACAUCUCACCUUAUUAAUUUUAAAAGAAACCUUAUUAAUUUCAAAAGAUUUCUUGUGCUCAUGCCUCAUGUACUAGACUUAUUGUUAUGGUAAAUAUACCCUUCUGUUUUGAUGUCUACCCUUUAAAUUACAUGGAAAAGGGUGGACUCAGUGGUGACUAGUGACUACGCCAAGUUUCCACAUUGAUACAUCCAUAUGGGUUAAAUUUGAUCAGAAGACAUCGAAAGCAUUCAACCUAUAUUAUUGAUUUUUCCUGGACGGAAUUCCCAAUUAAGCUUGCACUCUCUCCACAUACAUAUAUUAAUAUAUAGGCACAUACACACACUCACACUCAUAUGAUCCCCAUCCAGUUGAGCAAGAAUUCUUAGCACUGAGACAACUUGUCCUCCAACUUGUUCAGGACUAAAGGAUUCUCCUUGUUUUGGGUGGACAAAAUGUCUUGCAGCACUCCUAGAACAAAGGAUUUCAUGAGAAUAGAAGAUUCAAACUCAUAUGUUGAAUUCAUCACUGAAAAAAAUAGGACCAACCCAGAUACAUCAUAUGACAUGUCUCAAACUAUUUGCUUGUUUAAAAAAUAUCUCACCAGAUUUCAACAGAACAAACGAAAAUCAAACAUGGAAGAGUCAGAAGUCUUCAAGAGGAGAACUUCUCGCCCUUUAUUGCCACCUAAAUUUGGUUCUAAUUUGAAUCGACCUACUUCUUUACUAGAACAAGCAUUACUUCCUGUACUUAGGACUGAUUCAUUACAAUCAAAUUCUCUGGAUGGGAGGUCUUCAACAUCACAACUCACUAUAUUCUACAAUGGAGCUAUUAAUGUCUAUGACAAUGUUUCUGUUGACAAGGCCAAAGCAAUUAUGCUCCUUGCUGGUAAUCAAAGCUGUUUGUCAAAACCUGUUGUCACAGAAAUGCCAAAAACAGAAGUGAGAACACCAUCUCAUCCAUCCAACUUACCAUCAAUUAAUAGCAAGUUAGAAAAAGGAAUUCCAAUGGCAAGAAGGUUUUCCAUCCAAUGUUUUCUUGAAAAGCGCAGAGAAAGGGUAAUAAGCAAAUGUCCUUAUGCUCUUCCCAUCACAAAAGAUGAGGAAGAAGACAAUGAGCCAACACUAGACAAUGUCGAUGAGUCCAAUCAAAAUCAUAGCUUUACUCUUUCACCUUUUCCUUCUCGUUUAGGUUAUUUUUUACCUGUAUCAGCUAAUAAAAACUGUUAAAGUUGGUACAUUAAUUUUAUGGCAAAAUGUUAUUUCAGUAUCUAGCCACAAAUCCUGCCAAUCAAUUGUAACUGAAGUUCUAAGUGGAAGUUUUGCCUAUAUCUUAGUAAAGAAUCUUGUAACUCAACUUUAAUCU